GGAAACUUCUCAGAGAAUGCUCCACAACUCCGCCGUGCUGCUGGUGCUGGUGAUCGGCGCGUCCGCAGCCACCGAGUCGGAGCAGAAUGACUCGGUGAACCCCAGGAAGCCCCGGGUGGCGGCUCAGAGCUCAGCCGAGGUGGUCCGAUGCCUCAACAGCGCUCUGCAAGUGGGCUGUGGAGCAUUUGCAUGCCUGGAAAACUCCACCUGUGACACUGAUGGGAUGUAUGACAUCUGCAAAUCCUUCCUGUACAGUGCUGCGAAAUUUGAUACUCAGGGAAAGGCCUUCGUCAAAGAAAGUCUGAAGUGCAUCGCCAAUGGUGUCACCUCCAAGGUCUUCUUGGCCAUUCGGAGAUGUUCCACAUUCCAGAGGAUGAUCUCCGAGGUACAAGAGGAGUGUUAUCACAAGCUGGACAUGUGUGGCAUGGCCAAGAGGAAUCCUGAAGCCAUCACCGAAGUGGUCCAGCUGCCCAGUCAAUAUUCCAACAGGUACUACAACAGGCUUGUUCGCAGCCUACUGGAAUGUGAUGAUGAGACCGUCAGCACCAUUAAAGACAGCCUGAUGGAGAAGAUCGGCCCCAACAUGGCUAGCCUCUUCCAUCUACUGCAGACGGACCACUGCGCCCAGACGCCUCCUCGGGCUGACUUCAACAGGAGGCGAGUCUCGGAGCCCCAGAAGCUCAAAAUCUUCUUCAGGAACCUCCGAGGUGAGGGCUCUGCCGUCUCCCACAUCAAACGCACGUCGGCCGAGAGUGCAUAACAGAGACAGGGGCGGAUGGAGCUCUGUCAAGAUAGUUUCAUUUUAGGGGAGAUAAUGUGCCCAUGUUGAGUUUACUGUGCCUGGUUUAAUUUUUUAAACAUUUUUAUUUCAAAGUAGUUCCUAUUAUCUUUCCUCCUUUUCCUCCCACCCCCAUCCCUUAUAGACAACUGCAUGGAACUAGGCUUCUGUAUCCAGUGUCCUGUCAUUGCAAUAGCAAUGUCCCCAAGAACUGAACAGAUGUGACCCUACUGCAUCUUCCCCAGUGGAAACCCCCCUUGUCCAUGCUCUUCCCCAAAUGGUCCCCCAACCCCAUCCAUCCAUGCUGUUCCCAAACCAUCAGGGUUUGGAAGCCUUGGAGCCCUUUAGAAUAGUUCCCCUCCAUGGAGUUAGCCGCUAGGGAUCCACGGGAGGCUUAGCUGCGCAUCUCAACCGCGCGAGAGAUGUCCAAUGGAGUUCAUGUUAUGAAUCUGUGCUGGCCAUGGACGAAUAUGAAUGCUGCGCUUUGGGUUUGGGGGUCCCUGGCGGCGUGUGAUCUCGAUUCCUCUGAUGUCUCAUUUCCUUUUGUACCUGGGGCCCAUGCACCAAAGUGCUUGAGUCUCAUCCUCCGGCCUGUCACGUUGUGCAUUUUGAUAGAGAAUCAAACUCCUAUCUCCAUGUACUGUAACUGCUCAGAGCUUUAAGUCUCUUUAACAAUUGUCUUAAAAACUAGCGUAUCUUAAGGUCUAACUGUGGAAUGUAAAGAACUGAGGACUCACAUACUGUAAAUAAACGCCAGAGAAGGCUGCUUGCAAUAAGCAGCAAAUAAUAAUAACUUUAUUGCCUAGAGAUUUAGCCUCACGACGUAGCUUCUUUUCUCUUUCUGGGAAUAGUCACUUCUCUCAUGACUAGAAGUACAUAGACAUGCUCUUGUGGCCUUUUUAAAAUCUUUAAAUAUAAUUAAGGGGGUAGACGUAGCUUCCCUCCGCAUCAGAACCCGAGAUGGGCCUCUUAUUAAAUUGGGUCAGGGAAACCAGCAGGCAUUUGUGAUGAUGCCCAGCUGAGGCACUGACCUCUCGGUCACCACCUUGGAUCUAAGGCUGCUUGCUGCUCACCUCCAUCUGGCUAGGGAGCAGCUCCAUAGGAUAUGUGGGAAAGAGAGUUCCCGGAGCAGCGUGUUCUGUGUCUUAGGAAUUGUGACUUCUUGGCAGGCCAGCCCCACCAUAGCAAAAAGAUGGUGAGGGCUCGAGACAAGCAGCUUACCAUUCUCUCUUUUGAAGGGCAAGGGGCUGAGGCAGAGACAAAACAUCCCCCCACCCCACUACAGAGCUGGUGGUUCCAUCAGUUUGCUCAUGAGGCCUCAUUAUCAUGAGUAACUUCUCCAUAUCCAUCCAGAAGUCUCUCAAGGUCACUGCCCUGGAAUUUAGCGGUCCCUCCCAGGCAGUGCUGCCCACUGAAAGUCAGGCCUUUGAAACUUGCUUAGAUAGAAACUUUUGGUGCUUCAUUCUCCCUGAAAUCAAUGCAGGGGGUGACUCCAUCUGACAGAUUCCCAGAGAGAGAGAGAAGGGACAAGGGCAGAGUAGGUCUCUAGCUAAAGAGGAAGCAAUACAACCAACCUUACCACAAAGCCUUUAAACUAAUCACUUGCUGCCAAGGUACCCAAAGCAGCUGUGUGAAUGUUG